UCCACCUAUGCAGGACGCGAGUUGAACUCAAGGUUAAUCCGUCAGUUUUGCAACAAAUUCCGUAACAGCUUACGAGGUUGCUCGUUCAUCCUACUGUUAAAGUCUCCAUCUGCUAGGUACCAACAAUAAAGAAAGUGCGAGUGAAUCGAAUCGUUAGUUUUCACACCGAUAUAAUUUGGAAUAAAAGAAUACUCGUACAUAUAAUCGACUAACCAACAUCUGCGAAUCGGCAAGAAUCACUUCAUAGCCUUCGCGAUGACGCAACGUCAUAGCUUUCCCCACACAAGUCCACUACUCCAGUGCUAAGCAACCUAAGAACGGCAUUAUAGUUGUCUUUGUAAGGUAACGAAAACAAGUGAGUGUUAUUUCGAUACCCACGCGUUUCAGCGGGUUUUGGAAACGUUAUCGUGAUAUUAUUUCAAAAGUGAGAGUGAAUUACGAGAACAUGGGUGGAUCCAUCUAGUGUUUUUGUCCAGGAUUGACGUUUGCUCCCGGUCACGAUGACGUCGGUCUGAUUUCUUCCUGAAAUGGCAAGACGUGUGGCCAAAAAUCACUAUAUUGCCUCUCCAAGGCACAGUCAUUCUCCUACACCUGUACAUGUAGCCAGGAGCGCAGCCUACUCAGAUGGAGAAGAAAGCCAAAGGGCGCCGUCAGAAAGAACCCUAUCCGAAUAUACAUCAGUGCCAUAUACGAUAGUUAACGAACGAAACGGACGAAAAUACAAUAGCCAGCAAAAAAACGGUGGUUAUCAAAAUGGUCACCACAGCACGCCCAACAGAGCUCCUUCUGCUUUGAGUCGAGGAAGUGGAUACGACACAAACGGCUCCGAUAUUUACGUCACUAGCGGAGCGUAUAAGGCACCUUCGGAAAUGAGUCGAACCUCAAGGGCUCGUGCUCCCAGCCACUAUUCAUACAGAAGCGGAAUGACACCAUCUGUAGCGAGCACAGCUAAAUCGAAAGGUUCCAGAAAAGCCGGAAUGACCGUAGAAGCCAUGGCAGCACCUAACCCAUUCUGUCCAAAUAUCAAAGGAAUGUGUUGUUUGAUGCUUCUAUUGAACUUGGCCAUUAUUCUCGUCACUUUAGGAUUUGUUAUCGUCAUUCAGUUCUUCGAUCCCCUUUAUGUUUGGAUAUUAGGAAUAAUAUUCCUGAUUUUUGGAUUCCUCACUCUCAUCGGAAGCUUGAUUUACUGCGUUAUUAUCUGCAAAGAUGUGAAACGACCGGGAGAUGUGAAUCCUGACGAUCUCUACUGGACUCAUCACUGGCAAAAAAAUAUUGGAUCUUCGGAAAUUCACUACAAAGCCGAGGAAAAGUAUGGGGAUGAUAGAUACAGCGAUCGAUAUUCAGUCAGUAAACUCUCAGGAAAAUACUCUGAUCGGAAUGGAAGAUACUGAAUACGAACAGUAAUU